AAGACCCGACCUGCAGCAUCUGACAGCCACCCGCCUGCCCCAUGGCUGCGACAUGGAUCGCCCGUGCUCAGCAGUUGACAGCUCAAGCUCGACAUCGACUGGAGGUUGAAGAAGAGUUCGAUGAAUAUGCAGAGGAGUUCGAAGAGCACUUGGUCACGGUUUUGGACUAUAAGCUUCCCGAGAUCCUCGCCACGAAGCUCGCUCAUCACGCGAGCCUCGAGUCGGAGCACCUCGCGCAGCCGCGACGCGUGGUGGACUUGGGCUGCGGCACGGGGCUGUGCGGCCGUGCGAUCCGACGGCUGCUUGGCGAGUCCGUGGAAUUGAUCGGGGUGGACCUCUCGGCAUGCAUGUUGGCACGGGCCAAGGAGGACGGUGCCUAUGACGCGCUCUUUCAGCGUGAUUUGCUGGCGCAUCUGGAGCGCCACGAAAGGGCCGAGGCGGUGGAUGUACUCCUCGCGGCGGACGUGUUGAUUUAUGUGGAACACUUGGAGAAGGUCUUUCGUGAAGCCCAUCGCGUCUUGAAGAGGGGCGGCUGGUUCCUCUUCUCCACCGAGCUGGCGCUGGACACGGAAGUCACCGAGGGCCGUGUGGUGCGCGAGUCUGGACGCAUCGCCCACAGUCGUGGCUACAUUGAAGCGCUGGCCUCCGAGCAUUCCUUGGCUGUUUUGGAGGCAGAGACAAUCCCAUUGCGCAUCGUGGGUGCCUGAGAGGGCUUGCUACGGCGCAAACAUAGCGAACUGCAUUGUUUUUUAGCAUCGUGAAGCACUGUACCAAAGACAGUGGGUUGAUGUUGAAGUUUCCACCUUUCACUCGUGCAUUCACAUACAAUACAACAUAACACAACUAAAUAUUUAACAAAAUGGACAAACACAUGUCCAGGUCAACUUUUAGGGGAAGAUGCCACACUUUGCUGAAGCAUUAAUUUGUAUGCGCAGGAAAUUCUAUAUAAUAUGCUUAUAGACUUGACUAAAGGAGUCUUGUCCUACAUACUGAGGUCAGUUGUUCUCCUGCCUUAAAGGAAAGCAGCUCAAGAAAAGACCUCACUCCAGGGAACUGUAUUGCGACAGACAUUGAUUCGAACUUGUCUAAUCGUCUCUCCUACAAUGGUGAUGUGAACGCCCGACUGGUUUUGUUCUCAUCACCGACCGACCACUUGGCCCUUACAACCUAGAAGAAGGCAACCUAGGCUGCGAGAAACGGCGCAAGGCGCAAGGCUCAAGCUGGUGCUGGGUGCUAAGGAAGAUGAUGUGCCCCUGCCAGGCGACUGCUAUGUUUUACAACGCGACAUGGCCAAGGAUUUGAGAGAUCGAGACGCUUGAGGUCUGACAAACCUUCAACGGAUGCAUCCGGGGCUCACCACUCUUCAGCCUCUUCGUGGAGCUGUGGGAAGACUGGCGAAUCAUAGGUCAACUACUCAGUGGAUGGGCUUCACUGGCUUCAGCGAUUGGACGUCACGAGACCUCGUGCGGCCAGCGGUGAGCAGCGGAGCGGCGGAGCGGUCGAGCGGCGGUGGACCGAAGAACGCCGCGCGCCUGGAUCCAGUCGUUGCGAUACGUCCGUCCAAAAGGAAAAGAUGCACUGGAAAAGUGUGUUGUUUCAAAGAACACUUAAAUGUCAUAUGUUUGGAGCCAGAUUGGUUUGAUCAUGUUUUGUAUA